AGAAGAACAAUUAAGUCCAGUCGUGGUUUUAAAACCCAGACCGCUGAGCUGAUCGGACCCUGGCUGUCUAUGCUCGGUCCCCCCUCUGAUCUUCCUGGAAACACCUGCGUGCUCAGGUGACUCACCGAUGAAGAGGGAAGUCCUUGGGCUCUGAGCGGUGACAAGUUUCUCCUGCAGGUAUGUGUUCCAGUCGGGGUUUAUGCGGCGGCAACAGCCGCUCCAACAGGAACUCCGAGUCCUCCGGCUCUGGCGCCCACUACGCCCUGUGCGCUCUGGGAGUGGGUCUCAUCGCCCUGGGCAUCGUUAUGAUCGUGUGGACUGUGAUCCCCAUGGACGGGGAGGGUAAAAACACGGCCACGUCGGGUAACUCCACCACAGUGCCCGGGAGCAACGAGGACGACGACGAGUCGGACCACACGAAGUCGUCGUCGUCGGUGGCGAUGGUGCUGGUUGGAGUCGGGGCGGCCAUGUUGCUCUUGUCCAUUUGCCUCGGCGUGAGGAGCAAGAGGAGGGCGCGCAACAGAAGCAACCAGCCGGCAGCAGGAGCGGCCGGCUUCAUGGACCACGUGCAGGGAGAGCAGGAAGCUGAAGAGCAGCCCACGUACAACGUGCCGAGCUACGAGGAGGUGGUGGGCAGCGGCGACUACCCCGUCCGUCACAGCAACCUUCGCCAGAGCACCUCGCAGCUGCCGUCCUACGAGGACAUCAUAGCCGCCGUGGAGAACGAGGGAGCAGAGCCCAGCAGCAACGCCACCGAGGACACGCCUCUCAGCGAAUCCACGCCACAGCCCGCCGCCGAGCCUCAACCAGAACCGGCCGCCCUGGCGCCCAACCCCAGCCUGCCCACCCGCAGCAGCAGCCGGGCCAGCCGCUUACUGCGGCCCCUCCGGGUCAGGAGGAUCAAGUCGGACAAGCUGCACCUGAAGGACUUCCGCCUCCAGAUCCGCAGCCCCACACAGAACCCAGUGAACAUCGAGCCCAUCACGCCGCCUCCGCAGUACGACAACAAGAUGCCCGAGUUACAGUAA